AUGGUAAGAGCCCCAUAUUUUGAUGAAAAUGGAACAAAGAAAGGUGCAUGGAGUGAGGAAGAGGAUCAAAUGCUUAUUGCUCACAUUCAGAGACACGGUCAUGCCAAUUGGCGUCAACUUCCCAAAGUUGCAGGUUUAACAAGAUGUGGAAAGAGUUGUAGGUUGCGUUGGAUGAAUUACCUGCGGCCAAAUCUAAAACGAGGGAACUAUACACAAAAUGAGGAAGAGAUGAUCAUGGAGUUGCAUACAAAGCAUGGAAAUAAAUGGUCUCUUAUAGCGGAAAGUCUACCCGGAAGAUCAGACAAUGAGAUAAAGAAUUACUGGCAUAGCCACCUAAAGAAAUUCUCAAGGCGCAAUGAGACCAAGCUUACUCAAGAGAUUGAAAUGACAAAAACUUUGGAAAGUUCAUUUUCAAUUAAAGCCAACUCCUCUUCAAUUUCAUCUAGUCAUGUGGAAUCAAACAUGGACUUGUAUAGAAUAGAAGAUGAUGUUCAUUUUUGGGAAACAUGGGAUGGAUUCAGCAACAAUUUUUGGACUGAACCUUUUGUUUAUGAUAACACAUUCAGUCAGGAUUACUUUCCCAUUUCAUAUUGUGCACUAGAGCUAGAGGAUCCAUAUUUUAUAUGCUAG